CAAACCAUCGCUGGAAAGGCUUUCUUCGUCGCGCAAAAUGAAGAGUGUCUGUCCGAUUGGAAUUAACAGGCCAAGUUGCCGAAAUAUAAGACGGCCGACCACUUCUCGAUGACAGACUUAGGGUAUGUAAUCCCAAUGUUUCUCUUCUCCGGACAACCCCACCCCACGCGGGCUGUGACGAAUCUCCAGACACGGAAUAAGACGAUCCCGUUCCACCGAUGAACCAAUGUUACGGGCAGCUUCCCAUGCGUGAUUUUUUGGGAUCCAGCGAUGCACCACAGAUCCCCUUCGAGGAUGACCUGUUCCCUUACCUCCCACCUGAUGUUCAAGAUGAAGGGAUAGCUUUCGAUUCAAAUCAUGCCUGUUACGAAUAUGAUUUCCCCCCUAUUUACGCCACAAGCAACGCCACAAAUGUGCCAAUUAGCGGAUUGGCAUUUCCUAUCAACAUCGCUUCACCGCCCUCACCGCUUUCCGAACAUCCGGUUCCGAACCAGGGCUGGGAAGACUCACUCCGUUCCCACAACUUUCUAAUACCUGCAGUAAAUUAUUCGGGUGCCGUCUCCAAUCCAUUUGCGAUUUCCUUGAGCAUGAAUGACGCAAACACUUACAUGUCGGUCCCCGGACAGCGGAGUGGAUCCGAGCCACGGUAUCUGGUCCCAAAUGAGACUCAUACCCAUGACAACUUCAUCCCUUGUAUGGGCCUCCAAUUGGAUAUCCCAGAUAGUGGAACGGUCUUCCUUCCCGAAGAAGACCCCGAUCGGUAUGACCUCGAGGAAGUUUUCAGCAUGUUCUACCAAGGGAACAGAAACCUUCAGAGAAUGUCGCCGCAGCUCAUUGAAGCGACCCUGGGCAUCCCACCAGACUCUAAUGAUUCCCAACACCUGAUAUGUUCCCAGAACAAUGAGCGUCAGUCGGACCAGGACUCAGCCACUCUCGACGCCCUUUCUGCGCAGCCGCAGAUACCAUCAAGCCCUUCUACACUAGCACAGUCCCCAGAUGCUUUAUCGGAAUCUGCUACAAGCCUCUCGGCACCUCGGAGAGACCGUGGCAUCCCUUUCACUUCUAGACCCAGACUUUUGGUGGCUCCUCCAGGCUUCAGUCAUUCGCAUAUCCUGGUCAUUACCAGCAACCCUGGGUCAUUGCCGGCAUCGCUGUGGGAUGGAGCGCGGCUUGCCGAACUGGAGAAGGACAUAAGGUUGAAGGCCUUGGAUAUCGAAUCCCAAAUACCAAAAAGUCAAGAUAGCAGUUCACGCGAUUUCAGUCAGAAACGACAGCGAGUCGAUAAUCAACCCCAGUCCAAUAGCACGCAAAAAGUCUCGGAAGCCAGCGGCGUACCGACAAUAAGCUCCUAUCCUGCUCUGUUUCCAUGUGCUGCUUCUGUUCCAACUUCAGAUCCUCUCCCAAGUGCCAUGCCUCACAGUCGUGUUCCUAAGCGCAAGGCGAAUGCCGAACGACAAGCCACUAGUCAAGUCAAGAAGGAGAGCACUUGCUUACUAUGCCGAGUAAUGAGGGAAAAGUGUAGCGAUGGCACACCAUGCCUACGAUGCGUCAGAGUAUUACAGCAUGAGAGAUCGAUACUACGUGUGCCAUGUCAGCCAGCAACACUAGACGAUAUUGAGCUUUAUAGGCGGCGCACUCAAAUCGGUCUUUUCGUUUAUUAUUACGAGCAGAGCAGCGAAUCGGAUCUGCCACGGCGCAGCGCGAGUAUCGUCGAUACCAAUCCACUGGAAUCACAAUUAAGUCAAAACUGCCCACUGACGGUCGCUGAUACGUUUGCGGUUCAUGAGUUUGGUACGUUCCAGCGAUUCGCCCCAAAUCUUUUGAACGAUGCCAAUCGGGAAAGGGAGCUCGCCACCCAACAUGCACCAACUUCAGAGGACUUGAGCAAGAGUGCUGUUCUCGCUCGAUACUUGGAGUUGCACUUGGCAUCCAUCAUCGAGACGCUGGGCACAAACAACAGCUUCAUUGCUGCUACUCUGAAGGUAGCUGAGAGGUAUAGCAGGCCAACAGGGUCGAAGAAACGUACAAUGUUACGGCAUGCUUUGUACAUCUUUGCCGCAAGAUUCCUACGCCGGACCUACUGGGUACAGGUUGAUACAGUGACUGAGAACUACAGAGUAGCAUGGAUGGACGCGCCGUGGCGAGCGUUGCCUGUUUCAACACCAAGGUCACUUGCUGAAGCAGAGACUCUCAACGACAUACUGAAGGAUCACUUGCGCUUCCUGGAGAAGUCCGUCAUCCAUGCCUUCACCAAGAAGAUUUAUGCUAGGAAAAAGGAGGACUGGUUUGAGAUCUUUCUAGUGACCUUCAUCUUCCAAGUCAUCCUCAGCGAGAAUCUCGAGAUGAGCUUUUACAGUCGUUUCCCAGGGCUCGAGAAGCCCAUCGAGUGCCCCUGGUCAACGUUUGGAGGGCUUCGAAGCUAUUCCUCCAAGAGAAUUGCUUCUUACUUUUCCGCAAUCAACGGUCGUGAUCCAUUCUUGAAGCCCGGUGCUAGAGCAUGGGAAGGCUUCGGGGACACCGAGCGCACGUACUUGGAUCAGUGCGGGAUUCUGUUGAAAGAGGGCUAUACAAAACGGGAUGAUCUGGGAUUCCGCAGGUCGGCUUCAAUGGGGGAUGCUGAUUCUCCGGGGAGUUGGUGGAAAUGGGCCGUGGAAACGAUUCUUGGGAACGGCUAG